AUGGCAUUAAUAUCAUCAACAAAAAACUCAGAUGUUCAAGAAGAGAAUAUAAGUUUUCUACAUCCAAAAGUCAUACUACUAUCAGCAGGUAUAACAUUAACGACAAUACUUUCAUUCAAGUUAUAUCGACAAUAUCUAAGACCAAUAAGAUCAAUUUUAGAUUUAAAUCCAAAAAUGUUAGAAAAUAAUCAUAAAUUACGUGGAUAUGUAACAAGAGUAGGAGAUGGAGAUAAUUUUAGAUUUUAUCAUACACCGGGUGGGAUAUUUUGGGGUUGGGGUUGGUUAAAAAAGAUUCCAACAAAAAGAUCGAUUUUAAAAAACGAAACUUUAAUGAUUAGAUUAUGCGGGAUAGAUGCACCAGAAAGAUCGCAUUUUGGUAAACCUGCUCAACCGUUUAGUGAAGAUGCAUUAAAAUGGUUAAAUCAAUAUAUAAAUAAAAGAAAAGUUACUAUAAUACCAUAUCUGAUUGAUCAAUACAAGAGAAUAGUUGCAAAAUGUUUUGUUUGGAAAUGGAAUGGUCGUAAAGAUGUUAGUGCAGAAAUGUUAAGAAAUGGAAUUGCAAUUGUUUAUGAAGGUAAAGUUGGAGCUGAAUUUGGUGAUAAUGAAGAUUGGUAUAGAAAUUUAGAAAAAAGAGCAAAAUGGUUUAAAAGAGGAAUUUGGUCAUUAGGAUCAAAUUUAAUGACACCAGGUGAAUAUAAAAAAGUUUAUUAUAGAGGUGAAUAA